AUGAAUUUUGCAAUCAUCUGAAACUUUUUUAGAAUUAGAAUUAUAUAUUAGAAUGGUUCCUUUUAUUCUAACACUCUUUGUGGCAUCGAUAUUCUUUAUUUUGAUAGUUGCAUCUUGUGUAUAUAACCUAUAUGUUUUUAUAAGGAAAAAAAUUCCUGUGCAUGUCAAUUGCUGGUUUUGCAAUGAGAAUUCCUAUGUAUGUUUCAAAAGUAAAGACUCGUGGGUUUGCAGUGGUUGUCAGCAAUAUAAUGGAUUUGAUGAGAAUGGCGAUUAUAACUGUGACAUCUCGAAUCAAUAUUUUGACUUCUUGAACCCGACUGUGUAUUGCCAAUAUGAAAAAAGUGGCGAUUUGAAUAAGAGUAAUCAAUUGUGUACUUCAUGUAAUUACAAACAGGCUGAGAAGGUGCAGUUAAUUGCUGAAUUUGUUCCUAAAAAUGUUCAUCAUUACGAUUAUGAAGUUGAGGAAUAUAUAAAAAAACUGGAAGAUUCAUAUCAAGUCUGCAAAAAAUGCAGUAAAGUGGUUGAUAAAGCGGUUGCAGAGAGCAAAACAUUAUUGCUAGAGCAGUAUUUGACAUUUUUAAGAUCCAAGGGAUUAAAUAUAUCUAAUUUGAAAUCAACAGAUACUAAUUUUAAUUACUACAUUUCUACAACAACUAAUUCAGUUAUAUUUGUUUUGUCAGGAAUUUAUUUAAUUAACUUGUGCUAUUUAUUGAAUAAUCAAAAUAGUCGAAUUUACAAUAAAUUUUAUCCAUAUUUACUCAAUAUGGCUGACAAUAUAAUAUUAUAUUUUAAAAUUUUAAAUGAAACAUAUGGUUCAAUGAUUUUACUUGAAAAUAUUCAUAACAGUUUAACAACAAAAUAUGAUUUUUUUUUUCUUAAUAUCUCGUCUUUAUAUAUACCAGCCUUUGAAACCAUUUCUUAUUGA